AUGACCAAAAUCCUAUGUCUUCCAGGUUUCCUUCAGAGUGGCGCUGUGUUUGCAGAGAAAUCGUCGGGACUUCGAAAAUUGCUCACAAAAAAAUUGAGAUAUGACUUGGACUAUAUUGACCCUCCAGUCGUGAUCUCUAGCAAGGAACAACUCCCUUUCAAAUUGUCCGAAGAUCCACUGGAAGAAAGCGAAAAAUGGGCCAGGAUUUUAGAAAAGGGGCUCAACCGGUGCUGGUGGCUCCAUACCUCUGAUGGUGAGUACGAAGGUUUCGAUGAAGCAAUGAAAUUCGUUACUGCGUACAUCAGACAGAACGGGCCCUACGACGGCAUCAUUGGGUUUUCUCAGGGCGCAGCCAUGGCGGCCGUUAUUGCCAAUUCGAUUGAAAAAUCGGUGCCUCAAAAUGGCCCGCUUGCAAUAGCAGUCAUGUUUUCACCUUUUGCCUUCACCGUUCCCAGGAAGUCUCGUGACGUUAUGGCCCGUCUUAAUUCCGAAGUGACCGAUGUGAGAGAAUACGCGAACCUAGUUUCGCUCAAUCCUCUAUAUCGUGAGUAUUUCACCCAGCAGCUGUCUGGGACCAAAACAGUGGCUGUAUAUGGGAUGGUAGAUACGGUUGUGCCACCCGUAAGAACCGAGUAUUUGUGUUCUCUCUAUGCACAGAUCGACAUCAUGAAGCACGACGGCGGCCAUUAUAUGCCCAAUAAAAAACUGUUUCUCGAUCCGAUUGUGGAGCUGUUCAAGAAGGCUUGCGAGAGUACACCCGCGCUUUGA